AUGGAGUACGGAGUCGAUCGCACGUUCGAUAGCCAUCAUCAAGUUGACGAGUACUACUCCAGCAGUAACGAUCAGUUCGUUCUCCCACCGUUCUCGAUGGAACGUGCCCAAGACUUUGGGCUGUACUACGAGCAGGAAUCACCUCUCGUCGUCGAAACCGUGUCCGACUAUGUCCCCGAGCAGCAGACAAUCUACUACACUGGUAGUACGGGAUCGUACCCAGCUUACUCGCCGCAGCAGUCCGAACGAACCUACACCGAAGGUCCUACCGCGGACAGUGAGCUAGAUCAGCUUCUUCAGCAGCCUUACGAGUAUCAAUCCGGCGCUUAUACCAUGGACGCCGACAUGAUCAGCAUGUUCCAGUCGCAAGAGCAGAAGGUGGAGCUUGCAUCGAUCUAUACCGACAAUCCUUUCGGCAAGGUUUUCCCCAAGGAUGAAGUUCUGGACGAUCUGCUGGAGGAGGCAAUCAAGAACGAGGACUUCAACGUGCCACUACCGGAGUUGUCAACACCCGAGAGCAUCCUGGAGGACAUCCGGAAUACAGCUAUACUGUCCCAAGGAGCAAUCCUGGAGCAGUAUGGCGCAGCGGUAGUAUCACCUUUGGAUUCCGGCUGUUCGACCGCAUCGAGUAGCGAGUACAGUGAUAUCCCGGUGACAGUCCCGCAAGGAGAACACUCACCCACCUCGUUCCAAGAGCUGUUCGAUUCGGUAGCACUAGAUGAGGCUUCAAGCAUGGAGAUCCAGGAAACCCAGGCCGUCAUCAUGUACAUCGACGAACACGGUACCCUCCGUCCGUACGAACCCACAGUCACCGUCGCACCAACAGCCAGCAAGCCCGUUAGGAAGCGAGGUCGCAAGCCACUGCCGAAGGCCCCCGUCACCGAGUCCGAGUUCUACUGUCUGCCGUGCAACAAGGUGUUCAAGCGACAUCGGGGUCUGCUCCAGCACAACCACUACCACCACUCCGGACCGAAGGAGCAUCAGUGUGCGCAGUGCGGCAAGAAGUAUCCGACCUUGGAGCGCCUGCAGUCUCACAUUCAGAAGCACAACGACGCCUUUAAGCCGUACGGAUGCCAGCACUGUACGAAGCGGUUCAGUCAUCCCCACGACAUGAAGCGUCACAUCUGGACGAGCCACGGUGAGGCACCGUUCAGCUGUAGCUUCUGCGACAAGCGCUUUGGACGGUUGGAUCAUGUGGAGCAGCACGAGAUUAGUCAUAAGAAUAAUACAGUGAUUGUGAAGAAGUAG